AUGCCGCAGUUCGGCGGAGUGGCCGCCGGCCACGACGUCGUGGGCAAGAAGCGGUCCGGCGAGGACAUAGCCGCGGGCAUCACGAACGCCAUCCUCAUCCUGAUCGUCGUAUUCUUCACCUGCGCCAGCCUGUGGCUUGGCAUCUUCGCCAUCCCGUCGUUUUUCGCCUUCUUCCGGGCUUCGGUAGUGGCCAUCUCAAGCGCGCGGGAGGGGGCCAACCAGCUCCAUGCCUCGGUACAGGUCCUGCGGCCUCUGUCCAUGCGAAGCCUCAAGAUGGGGACCUGGUGCGGCCUCAUGCUGACCUUGUUUGCUGGCGGGUUGACGAUCUUCUUCAUGGAGCUGCUGAGGUUCUACGCUCUGAGCGGUAACUCGGAGACCGCUUUCACCGGGUUCUUCCAGGUGGUGGGAGCGAUCGUGUUCACGCAUCUCGGCGUUUCCAUCCUGCAGCAGGGAAGCCGCACCGUGUCGAGCGGGACAUACUACCAGGAGAUGAUCAAGAAGAUCAACCAGACCACGGAGACGGCGAACGGGCCGGAGCGCAGCACGAUGUUCUACCUCGGCCUCGGGGCUUCCCUGCGCGAGGGCAUCAUGAGCUACAUCUACAUGCUGCCCCUGGGAGGCGCCUACGAAUCGAAGAACAUCCCUCUCCCCGCCGUGCUUGGCGCCAUCGCCGGACUUCUGGCGGCCCGCUACCUCGCCCCCGCCCUCGUGUGGGGCGGCGGGCCCCUCGAGGGCGGCGUCGCCGGCAUCAUCCCGGACUCCAAGGCCAAGUCGUGGGCCGUCCGCCGGGAGGCGCUGACCCACCAGUACGUGUCGAGGCUGGCCGCCGAGGCGCAGCAGACGGGGCAGGCUGCCCUGAACAGCAACGGCGACGAGUCCAAGGACGCCUCUCGCAAGAGCGGCGCCGCUGCUGUCUACCCCAGGAACCUCUCGAACCUCUCCGCAAAGGCCCUAGAGGAGCUCUUCCGUGACAGCAACGUCGACCCCAAGGACUUCGACGACAUGGACUACGCGCAGAAGCGGCUGCUGGUGCUCAAGAGCAGCAAGGCCAUCAUGAAGCACGGGAGCUCGGGCAGCUACGACGACGACGACCGGGAGCCGGCCAUCCUCGCGCUGCAGAACUCCGAACAGUGGGGCUCGACGAGCUCCGACCCGGAAUCAGCCUUCCCGGAAAGGAUCCCGGGUCUGGUGGCCGGAGAGCCGGAUGGUGCCGGCCAGCGCGGACUGUUCCACCGCAAGGGCCAGAGCCUGCUGAGCAUCGCCGAGGACGAGGACGGCUACCUCGACAGGGGCGGCUACUCGUACGACGGCGCCGAGUACCCCGCGCACCCGGUCGUCCCCACCGCCGGCGACUCUGGAAAGCCUCCGAUGCACCCGGGCCACCGGCGCAACCGGUCGUCCAUGAAAAGCAUCGGCUCCAACGGGCCGAAGAUGGGGAGGAACAACUCCGGCCAGAGCGGAGCCUCGGUUCGCUUCCAAGGAUUCGAUGAGCACAACUAUGAGGAUGAUGACACCGCCUCGGUCAUGCAAGGCUUCCAACACAAGUACCUCCGCCAGGCAGGCCCUCGCGAUAGGCAGGCCGAGCUCGAGGUGAUGGAAACGGCCCUGACCCGUACCGUCACGGCCCGGAAGAACAAUGGGGGGUCCCGCGGAAGCACUCGCAGCAGCGCCCGUGGAAGCACCCGCAACAUGGCGAAUCUCCGUCCGGGUUCCCCCCAGGGCAACGCUCCGGCGCCCCCCAGCGGCGGCUUCGGAGAGGAUUUCGACGUGGACCAGAGCAUCGGCGGCAACAUGGCCCUCGGCAGCCGCAGCGGCAAGCCCAAGUCCAGCAAGUCCGCCAGGAUGAGCAGGCGCGGGUCGACCAAGUCUAGGAAGGGGUCCGGAGGGGGGGGGGCGGCGGCUUCUCGCCACGGAGCGAUGAGCGGGAUCGGCGAGGACGAGGAGGAUGACGACGGCGACGUCGAGGCCGGGUUCAACGGCCGCAACGCUAUCCCCGACGACAUCGCCGACAAGUCUUUCUUCGCAACCAUCACGCUCUCCAUCUCGGCCUUCGUGAUCUUCCUGUGCUGCGCCGGCCUGCUCAAGCUGGGGGUCCUCGACCUCAGGGAGCUCUGGACCCAAGACGACGACUCGACAGACACUACCGACUCGAGCGCCGUGGAGGUCUUCAACAUCUGCGGCUGCUGCCAGGAGAACGAGGAUGGGUCCGUGGCGGAGAUUUUCUUCGCCAUCUUCAACUCCCAGUUCGGUUACACCUGCACGGAGACGCUGACCGGCAUCGUCGCCUGGGCAGCGUACUGGAUCUACCCCGUGCUGGUCAUGAUGUUCCACAUGAGGAUGUACUGCUUCAGCUCGAUCCCCGUCAAGGCCCUGCCCCAGAUGGCGGAGAUGCCGCAGCGCCGCACUGGGGCUGCCCAGGCCACCGGGUUCACGAUGAAGAGCACGAAACGGUUCCUCGCCGGCAACUACCCCGACCCCGCCCGCAUCAAGCACCACCCGACCUCGUUCUGGAUCAAGCUCAGCGCCGUCCUCAACGUCGUCGCCGGCGCCGCGUACAUCUGGUGGCGCGCUACCCGUUCGAUGCCCGACAACCCCAAGAGCGUGGUCUGGAACUGGCUGUUUUUCGCUGGCGAAGUUAUCCUUACGUUCGGUGUGUGGACCUCUCACCUUCAGCGCUCCUUCCCUUCCGUCAGGGACGUUUGUUCCAUGGACGACCUUGUAGAGAUCGACUCUAACGUGUCGAACGAGGCCACCGUGUGCAUCAUGGUCCCCACGGCCGGCGAGAAGAUGAAGAACCUCAAGCACGUGCUCCUCGGCGCCUACAGCCAGCGGCUCUGGGUAUCGAGGCUUCCCACCAGCAGCCAGCUCCGGAUCGCCGUGCUCGACGAGAAGGGCAGGCGCGAGGUCAGCGUGACGACCCUUGUAGCACGCGGUGCCAUGGGAGAGAGAAAGUCUGCGACCUCGUGGAGAAGGUGUACCGUCUGGCCGAGACCCUCAUCAUCCCCGCCGUACAGCAGGAGCUGUGCACCAAGUUUCGACGAGCCGUUCAUCACGCCCAAGAUCUUCAUGGACUACUUCAACCAGAUGGACGCCCUCGACCAGUACGUGUUCGGACCGGAGUGCCACCCCGCCUUCGACAUGGCCGUCCGGAUGGAGAACUACACUGGCCAGGCGAAGCUUGCCAGGGCCUCCAGCUCCUCCGGCGUGCCCGGCAAGAAGAAGGCUGCCAAGGCCCUCCCUCGCCUGGAAGAGGGCUUCAAGAAGCUCUUCAGGUCCUCCCCCAACAUCCCCUCGAUGAUCUACUCCGCCCGCGCCAACCCUGGUACCCCGAAGGUCAGUCCCAAGGCCGGCAACAUGAACGCCGCCAUCUUCCCGAACUCCCCCGGGGAAGAGCCCGUCAUCGGCGACCCCGCCCGCGUGGUGGUGGUUAACGACGCCCGACACCGCCUUAAGACGGAGUUCUUGCAGCGCACGGUGCCGUACUUCUUCAAGCUCGACCGCCGCACUGGCAAGAAGUACGAGUGGGCGGACGUCGGGUUCGUGCAGACGCCACAGCGGUUCGAGGACCUUGGGGACGGGGACCCGCUUGGCAACCACGCCGUGCUCACGUUCUUCGUCUCCAACGUCAGCAAGGACGGCGUCGGGGGCGUGACCUCCUGCGGGCAGGGUAGCCUCUGGCGCGUGGACGCCCUCCGCGGCAUGGCGGCGGACGGCAAGCAGGUGGUGGACAGCGUGGCCAAGCCCGACAUCGUCGGGCACGACUGCGGCUUCCGCGCGGAGGUGCUGAUCGAGGACACCCACACGUCCCUCGAGUUCUUCAAGCAGCAGUGGCGGUCGGCCUACGUGUGCGAGGCCGGGGAGACGCUCGCGGUUUGCGUCGAGCAGCCCAACACCGUCGCCUGGAGAGUCAAGCAGGUGUUCCGCUGGCACAUCGGCGCGGUGCAGCUGCUGCUGAAGGACGGCGUCGGUUUCCUGUGCACCUCGAGGAUGCCCACCCCCCUGCACAAGAUGUUCGGCCUCGACUCCCUGACGUACUACAUCCAGGCCGUCGGCGGCUUCUUCAUCAUCCUCAUGCCCAUCAUGUUCAGCAUCUUCCAAGAGACGCCGUUCAACACGGUCGACCUGGAGUUCGUCUACUUCUUCUUCCCGUACAUCAUCACCGCCACCAUCCCGACCAUCUUAGCGGUGGGGUGGAAGAACGUGAACCCCAACAGGGUGCUGACGGACGAGCAGUUCUGGUUGUCCACGUGCUACGUGCAGAUCUGGGCGUUCGCGCUGGGCGUCUGGAAUCGCAUCACGUGCGCCAACCCGGACAACGCGUGGAACCUGGUGUGCCCCGUGUGGCCCCUCGGGCUUUUGUUCGGCCUCCUCAUCGUGAGCGCCAUCAACACCACCGUCUACUGGGCCUUCUACUUGUCGUUCGACGAGGAUGGCAUCUGGAUCUUCCUGGCAUCGUUCGGCGCCUGCAUCGUGGUCAUGUACUCCAUCUGGCCGAUGGUGAAGCUCUGGUGGCCGGGGUGGGUGUCCCUGCCCUCUGCUUACCACCAGAAAUUCUGCUACAUCCUCAUAUUCAUCGCUCUCACCAGCGUGCUGGCCACCUACAUCGCAUAGUGGCUGGGUGCUGUCUAUAUUGCCCGGUGUUUACACAGGUGGGCGGAUCUCUCCACACGAUUUCGCAGGCGGGCAGCGCGGAAGUAAGUAGUCUUGAACCAUUCCACGUUUAUUUUUUUGUUUGCGCUUCAUGGAAGUCUCAUUUCACGAUUUCACGAGCUCGUCGUGGGACGCCGUUUGUUAUAGGCGUUCUGGUAGGGGGAGCGUUGCCUGUUGUGGAUUUACUAUUGCUAUGACGUACACUGCUGGGAUAAAGGUUAGGCGAACUUGGAGUUGUGUUUUUUUUUUUUGGGACGGAUUGCUGGGAUGAUAAAAUUAGGCGAACCCGUGUGUCCGUGUAGUGCUAAGUGAGAGGUACCACAGAGAGCGGGUGGGUCUUCCGUCAGCACCUUGAAAGUUAGCUGGAAGGUGGGCAGUGCUCGAAGCAGUUGCACGAGAGGAGGAGGGUGGGUAAGAUAAGAACUCAAUGAUGGACAGGUCUUGGGAUAGAUAUUGUGGAUGUCGGUCUCUGUUUUACGCCGCGUUGAGGUCUACGGUACACGUUAGUUCGCGCCGACAUCGUGUAGGAGAACGAAUGGUCGGGGGGCGUGAGGGCUCUCGUCUCAAAUGACGAUUCACAGCACACGCGUGGUUUGGUUUAGUUGUUGUAGUAAUGCUUGUUUGGGUGGUGGUGUUUUUGUAGCGUGUGAGAUUGAUCAUGUCGAUGGUAUACAUGAAAUCCUUCAGCUGCCGCUGAAGUUGACCGUCAGAGGUGUGUAGUGAUUGUCGGACGUAAUUGGCGGUGGAGUGCGUUAGCGUCGCGGCUUUAAGUUCGGUGGUCUGGUCGUGCUUCUCUUGGUGUUUUCUUGUUCUCGAUGGUGGUUUUGACGGAUAGGCCCUCUUUUGUCGUAUUUUGUAUUUUAUUACCAUGUUUGUUCCUCGAAAGAGGCCGUUGUCCCCAAGAGGUCGUAAAUUCGGAAGUUUGGUACUUCUUGCCGUGCGUGGCCACUGACGGGGGUGGGUGGGCCAGGAGCACACCUCCAGAUAAUGUUGGGGUAUUGGAGUUGUUUGGUGGAAGUGUGCAUGCUCGCUCGGGUGGAAAGCAGUGUUUUGGCUCCGACUAUCUGUGAAGCGAGCGGUAGACAGGGCUGCGGGGCGGCGCAGACUCGUGUUCCGCAGGUACGAGAUACGGCUCUUGUUGUGGGUGGUUGAGCAUCUACUACAAUACAUGUACGUGCAAACAAGCGUGGUGUUGGUGGCUCGAUGUCGGCCGUUUCGGUCUUGUCUCAUGUUGGUUGGGUGUUUCGGUGAGCCGACUUUUUUUCAGCUACAGGCACAACAAACAAACGUCGUGUGUGUCCGUGGAGCGUUUGGAAGCUGUGCUUAUAUUAUUGGAGCGUUUUUUUCACGAACGAGCAAAAAAACUGCUGUCUGCAGGGUUGCUUCGUGGGACACUGGGUAGCGGUAGUCCUUUGAGGAGAGGAUCACGGGAGGGAGUUUUGUGAGAACUGCGUGCUGUUUCGAAUUGACUGUACCGCACUGCUGCUGCUGCUGCUGUGCGCUGUGCGCCGUGACGUAUACACGAUUUACAACGCGCAACAAGAUGGAUGGGCCGCGUGUUGGAAACAAUAUGGUGCUCGUGACGUCUCGGCUCGGAGGGAGUCGAUGUCUUCAUAAGGGCUCCUUCCUGGUUUUGUUUCCUGGAUGGACGGGGGCACACUACGUGCAGUCGUAUUCGGUCAACCCCCCGCUGAAUGAAGAGGGCGGCAAGUAAAUAAUGAAAACAAAGUUUGACCAAGGC